AAGGUUGGCAGAUUCUGGAAUUUGACACUGUGUAAGAUGGCUGGUAUCUGAAUCUUGGUAAAUUGUCUUUGUUUUCAUUACAGAUUUAAGUGCCUUAAAAAGUGAUUUAGCUUUAAAUAACCGUACAGUUGAAUGUAAUUAAAAGUUUAUUGUGUGGUGCGUGCGACGUAGCGUAGUGUAGAAGCCCUAUGAUGGAAAUAAUGUGUUAAGUGUUCAUAAAUUCCUCCACAUAGAAUGAGAUAGAUUGACAAUUGACACUUCAAAAUCUGUCAGUUCUUGCAGCAGAUUCCAUUUGUUUUAGAAGAAUAAAAGUCGUGAAGUCGCGAACGAUCGAAUCCACUGCAAGAAUCGUCAGGAGUGCGUCAAAACUCGUCUUCCAAUGUAAUGCAAAAUGUAUGAAUGGGCGUAAUUGUAGUGCAUACUCAUGUGCGGGGAGCCAUGUGAAUCGCUAGUGAGUGGCAGGGCCCAGCAUGGGCCAACAGCCUCGGCCCCAACUGAACAUGAAUCCCAGCGCGCCAGCCCGCUCGCCGGGCUACCACCAAAAGGCCAUGGAGGAGAUCCAGAACUCGCUGCGCCCGUUCGCAAAGAGCGGCGGCGAGGCCGUGGGCUCCAGUGCGGCCAGCACCAUUUCGAAUUUCUCCGCCACAAGCGGAGUGAGCUCGCUGAGCUCGACGUCCGGCACUAACGGCACCGACAAGGACGUCCUCCAGCUCAGACACACGCUCUCGCAGCUCGUCAACAUGGGCUAUUCGGAGGAGGCCUCGUUGCGAGCGCUCCAACUCUCCAACUCACGUCUGGACGGCGCCCUCGACUAUCUCAUGAAACAACAAAUCGACUCCGGAAACAAAUGCGGUUACACCAAACUCAUACGUAAGCCUAGCAUCGAACGAGAAUUGGUUCUGCCGAGAGGAAGUCCGGCUUUGGAUAGCGGGGCCGGAAGUUCCCGAUCUGAUAGUCCGAGAUUGACCGAAAUACACUCAACAGUCAGCCGAUACUCUCCGAAUUUCAGCGAACCGCCACCCCCACCACCACCUCGGAACACGCCGCCACCGCCGCCGCCACCUCACGUCCCAUCCUCAUACCCCGCAUUAAACAACGUUCAACAAUUACUAAAACGAAUGUCACCCGCGCCCAUUGUACCAGCAAGAGCGCCACCUGCCGUACCUUCAUAUAACUCACCAGCGUUGCAACAGCGAGGAACUAGUCCUGUUAGUAGUGUGUCCUCUUCUUCCGGUCGGCAACCAAUGGUAGUCCAAAACGGCCCCCAAGUCCAACAACAACUAUCUCAACAAAUCCAAGCUCUGAGCUUGUAUCAGAGCAGUAGCGCGUCAACUGCCGAACCUCCGCCCCCUUAUCCUCUAAUCCCGCCCAGUCCUUCCAACUCCGCCCCGCCCCCUCCGUCAUACUCCGCCUCGAUGCAGAACCGGCACAGCCCCACUCAAGACUUCCGUAAAAGCCCCUCGUCUGGCAUUUAUUCCGGCUCAACUUCAGCCGGUUCUCCUAGUCCUAUCCCAGUCUCAACAACCACGCCCACAGCCAUGGCCCGCCCCACCCCUCUCCUGGCAUGGGGCGCCCGCCAAACCAAAACUCAACCCCCCAUCAUCAUGCAAUCCGUUAAAAGUACUCAAGUCCAGAAACCCGUACUGCAAACUGCCGUCGCACCGACUGUUCCUCAAAUCCCGACGUCUCCAACGAGUACUACUCCCUUAGUCACCUGCGCGCCCCCUCCGUCAUACACCGCUUCCAUCCAACAGAAGGGGUACACCACCAGUCCUAAACCGGCGGCUCCUUUGCCCACCACACCCGCCAAUAACACCACUCCUGUGGUGGUACCAACGACAGAACCGCCGAGUUACGCCAGUACCAUGCAAGCGAAAGCUAAAGCUCAACGGGGGAUGGGGUUAUCGCCCCAUCCACCGCCGCCUUAUUCGGACGAAAAUCAUGCUCAAGUCAAUACAGUCGAAUGUGCGAUGUCGCCGAGGGCGUCCCCAAAUGUUCAUCCUCCUCUUCAGAGGAAGUACUCGCCGGUUGUGUCUUCGGAGUGCGCAGCAUCGAGGUCCGAUAGUCCGCAGUCGACGUCGUCGGGGGAUAGCAGGCCUUCGUAUCCCGAUAAUGGGGCCCCACCACUGCCACCAACAGCAUCCUCAUCUGUCAAAAACAACCACAACGCGAUAAACGGAAACGGCGAGAGCAAGAAUAACGACAUCCCGCCGCAAUUACCUCCUUACACAAAAAUAAAACAUCAGUCACCGAUACCGGAACGGAAAAAGAUUAGUAAAGAAAAAGAAGACGAAAGGCGGGACGGCAAAGUGAAGAAUUACUCGCCUCAAGCAUUCAAAUUCUUCAUGGAACAGCACAUCGAGAACGUCAUCAAAUCGUACAAACAGCGAAUGUCGAGAAGAAUCCAACUCGAAAACGAAAUGACAAAAAUCGGUUUGAGUUCCGAGGCACAAAAACAAAUGCGUAAAAUGCUCUCGCAAAAAGAAUCGAAUUACAUUAGACUCAAACGAGCAAAAAUGGACAAAAGUAUGUUUGUUAAGAUCAAACCGAUUGGAGUUGGGGCGUUCGGAGAGGUGACUCUAGUGAGGAAAAUCGACACGAAACAUUUGUACGCGAUGAAAACCUUGCGAAAAGCUGACGUUCUGAAGAGGAAUCAAGUGGCGCACGUGAAAGCGGAGCGAGACAUCCUUGCAGAGGCUGAUAACGAAUGGGUUGUUAAAUUGUAUUAUUCGUUUCAAGAUAGUGAUAUUCUUUAUUUUGUUAUGGACUAUAUCCCCGGCGGGGAUCUUAUGUCGUUGUUGAUCAAGUUGGGGGUUUUCGAAGAGCAUUUGGCAAGAUUUUAUAUUGCGGAACUGACUUGCGCCGUCGAAAGUGUGCAUAAAAUGGGUUUCAUUCAUCGCGAUAUCAAGCCGGACAAUAUUUUGAUCGAUAAAGAAGGUCACAUUAAACUCACCGAUUUCGGUUUGUGUACAGGAUUUAGGUGGACACAUAACUCGAAAUAUUACCAACCUAACGGUGACCACAGUAGACAGGAUUCUAUGGACCCGAUUGAAGAUUGGGGAGAGGAGUGCAAGUGUAUGAAACCGUUAGAAAGGAGAAGGCGGAGGGAACAUCGAUGUUUGGCACAUUCGUUAGUUGGCACUCCGAAUUAUAUCGCACCUGAAGUGUUGCAACGUAUAGGAUAUACGCACGUCUGUGAUUGGUGGAGUGUCGGUGUUAUCCUGUAUGAGAUGUUGGUGGGGCAACCUCCGUUCCUCGCGAAUACGCCUGCAGAAACACAACACAAGGUGAUAAACUGGGAGACGACGUUGCAAAUACCAAAGCAAGCGAAUCUUUCCAAGGAAAGUACUGACUUGAUAUUAAAAUUGUGUUGUAGUGCGGACAAACGCUUAGGUAAAAAUGCUAGUGAAGUGAAGUCGCAUCCGUUCUUCAAAGACAUCGAUUUCGACCGAGGUUUGCGUCGCCAGCCGGCCCCGCACAUACCUCGAAUCGAAUACCCCACAGAUACGUCAAAUUUCGAUCCGAUCGAUCCCGACAAGUUACGAAAUUCGGCUUCGAUCGAUUCGAGCACUUCCGACGAACUGACCGAUAGUUCUAAGCCGUUUCACGGCUUUUUCGAAUUCACAUUCAGGCGUUUUUUCGAUGACGGAGGUGGUCCCGCUUUUAAUAAAAUCAGUCUAGACGAUAAUGACAAUCAAGGCUCUGUGUAUGUGUAAUCUUCUUGGAAAUGUUCCGAGAUGGACCCUCGGAACAUGGAUUUUCGCUCGGUUUUUGCUCUUGCCAACUGGAAUUUGUACGCAAGAUUGUGUUUUUGCUCUCGUGUCUGGUUAGUUCAAAUAAGGACUCCUAGGCCUUAUUUAAUGAUGGUUUAGCGCCGCUUUCGUUACGGCACGCUUUUGAAGUGUGGCGUAACGGGGGCGGGGCUUGUUUUGCAACCAAAGCCUUAAAAUAGCUGCCUUGUUCUACUUUUUAUAGGAAAGCUCAAAUUUUCAUACUUUGGUAAGAACUGAAAGAUUCUAUAGUACAAUUCGCUAUUUGAAUUAAAAAAUUGUAUAGCGUGUAAAUUAUUUAAAAAUUGAAGAAAUGGUGCUAAUUCUUAUUCAUACGUUAAAUGUGAUAUCCACUGAAUGUCUAUAAAAAUUAUUUCUGACUUGUUGGAGUGGUUGUUCUAUUGCAUUUAUGUCGAGCUUUAGAGGCCUGGAACGCGAAGAAAGACCUCGAUAGGCGGGGCUAGUGCGCAGUGGCGUAGCAAUUAACUAUUUAAAUUGAUACUUCCUACUAUUCGUCCAUAUAUUCAGUCGUAGCAAUACAAUAGGUACAAAAAGUUACAUCUUGUUCUAUUACACAAGAAUAAAAAAUUGUUAUUUAUUGUUUUGUAACAAAAUAAAUUCAUAGAUUGUUUGCGCACCCCCACCAUCGCGGUCAUUCUGUCAUUUCACGGUCUCUACGGCGUCAACUGGCAUUUAAUUAAAAACAAUUGGAAUCGUUGAGGUGUUGUCACUGUGACUGAGCAGUUUUGAAAUGUUUUUAUGGACAGUCAGUUGUAUGCAACAAUAAAUUAUUAUUGUAUAUUAUGUACAAUACUCUAGGGAUUUGUAAAUAUAAUUAUAUCGUCGAAGUGUAAUGGUCGGUCUAAAGGUACUAACUAACCACUUGCGGGGUUUUUGUUAAGUUGUUAGAUGGAAAAAUUGUGAAUUAGUUGAAGAGAGCAAGGAAAAUUAACAAGCACUGCCUUUUUUAACUAAAAAGAAUAAAAGCAUUAUUUAAUAAUCUUGCAGUAAAUCAAAAUAGUUUUGUAAGAGCAUAAUGUUUAAUUUUUUUCUCAGAAAAAAAAUGCUGUGUUACAAUUAGUUUUAAUGAUACGCUCAUAACUUAAUGCUUAGUUAAAUAUUUAUUACAUUUCCCCUCAUUCUAAAAUUAAUUUGUAACACCCUCCUAGCUUAAGUAUGGAUUAAUUUAGCAUAUAAUUUUUCUAGUCUAUUGGAAUUUUUUUAUCGUUUAAAUAUAUUAUUGAUUUAAAUGUUGUUUAUAGGUCAUAAUGUUGUUCCUUAAUUAUGCAAGAAAAUAGUAAAAGCGUAUGCACUUAGGAAAUUAUGAUUUGAGUGCCUACAUAGUGUAAAUGUGUGUAAAUAAUUAUAUAUUUUUGGAAACA